AUGGAUAGCAUGGAUCGCGUUGAUCUCCUCAUCGUCGGGGCUGGCUGGCACGGACUGGUCAUGGCCAAGACUUACAUCGAGACCCACCCGGAGGCUAGCAUCCUGAUCCUUGAUUACGGCGAGUCGAUUGGUGGGACCUGGGCUGAGGAAAGACUUUACCCCGGGCUAAAGACGAACAACAUUGUGGGCACCUUCGAGUUCAGUGAUUUCCCGCUGACUCCGAAACUCUAUGGCCUUGAGCCGGGACAGCAUAUCCCCGGAACUGUCGUUCACAAGUACCUGUGCGACUUUUCGAAACACUACGACUUGGAGUCCCGUAUCCGCCUGAGAACAAAGGUUGACACCGCUACGCUCUUGCCGAGUGGAUUAUGGCAGAUCGGCUAUUCUACGUCACCUUCAUCGUCAGCUGGAGCGGAAAAGUCGGAUAUGGAACCCACAACGGGCCGUGGGGAGGUCCUCGCCUCAAAAUUGGUCCUGGCCACGGGGCUCAGCUCACAGCCAUUCAUGCCUCCUCUCCCAGGACGAGAAAACUUCAAGGGCCACAUCUUCCACGCCAAGGAUUUCAAAUCUCGUGCUGAGGACAUAGCAUCAUCGAAGACUGUCGUCGUAAUCGGAGGAAACAAGUCUGCCUGGGAUGUCUGCUAUACCUCCGCCGCCCGCUUCGGUGCCAACGCUCAUAUGAUCAUGCGCCGCUCAGGGGGUGGCCCUAGUUGGGUGUGGCCAGCUAAGUUCCCGGGAUUCUUCACCUCGCUUGCUGGCCUCUCGUCAACGCGCUUAGUAUCGUGGCUGGAUCCGAGCCCGUUUGGCCCUUCUGGAAAGGCCAUGAGAGCCAUCAUGAAUCGUUCAUGGGUGGGUCAGAAAUUGAUAUCGCUCUUCUGGAGCCACCUCGAUUCAAAGGUGGCAUCUUUCAACGAAUACGAUGGCCAUCCACGCACUAAGAAUCUGAAACCCUGGACAUCGACAUACUGGAUGGGCAACUCGCUCAGCAUCCAUAAUUACGAAACUCGUUGGUUUGAUCUGGCGAAGGAUGGAAGGAUCACUGCUCAUGCUGCCGAGGUAGUUUCUCUAUCGGAAGGAACCGUCCAACUCUCCGACGGGACAUCGAUAAAGGCGGAUGCCAUAGUCUGCUGUACCGGGUGGGAGGCUAAACCGAACAUCAAAUUUCUCCCAGAAGAUGUUGCAACCAAGAUCGGAUUCCCUGGAGAGCUCCCUUCGGAUCCAUCCCUCAAAGCUCAGGUACGCGAAGAGGUCUGGAACUCAGCGCCAAUAUUGAGGCGGGAGCCGAUCCGAAACCUUCCUGUGUCCCUGAAUGCGGAAACUUUGCCGUCUAAGAAAGAAAAGAGCGAGUCUUCACCGUAUCGCCUCUAUCGAUUUGUCGUCCCUUACCACCAUGAUUUUAUUCGGCGAAGAAAUUUCGCAAUCAUCGGCGCACACAUCACCAUCCACACCGCGAUCCUCUCCCAAGCUCAAGCACUGUGGAUCACAUCUUACUUUGAUAGCAGGAUCCGGCACCUAGAGGGGUCAAACAAAGAACCAGAUUACCAUAAGAUCAAGCAUGAUACUUUCUAUCAUACCGAGUUCGAACGGAUCCGUCGCCCAAGAGAGACGGGUGGUGCGGGGGAACGAUAUCCCGAUCUCGUAGUGGAUAGCAUUCCCUACGCGGAUAUGCUUCUUUCAGACAUGGGCCUGACGUAUCAUAGAAAACAAAGCUUGUACAAGGAGAUUAUGGAAGCGUACCGAGUCUCCGAUUACAAAGGCCUGGUUAACGAGUGGAUCGAGCUACACUCUUGA